UUACGUAUUUCCAGGUGACGCUUAUUCUUCUUCCGGAACACAUGUAAACAUGGCGCCUCCGGUCCCGUUGUUGGCAGUGCGAGGAACUCAUGGUACAUCUCUACUUCGUGGUCCUCCAAAGUGUGAUCAGCAAUCAGACAUAAUCAGUGGUGGAAACAACAGGUGUUUGACCUUCAGCAGAGAUGGGACACUGUUGGCCUGUUGCGACGGACACAAAGUUUCUGUGGUAAAAUGCUCAGACAGCUCCAUUGUCUCAACAUUUGACCUCCCAAAGACAGCUCUGCUGGAGCUUUCCCCUCUGAACAAUGUCUUGGUCACUUGGCAACCGUAUAGCAAGACUAAGGACUGUCCUCAGGGUGAAGCAAACCUCCAGAUUUGGCAGCUACACAGUGGUCAGCUGAUGAAAGCUCUGUAUCAGAAGAAAGUUGAAUCUUGGUGUCCAUGUUGGUCUGAUGAUGAAACCAUCUGUGUACGAAGCGUCAACAAUGAACUCCACUUCUAUGAGAACAAUGACUUAAACACCAUCGCCAACAAGCUACACAUGCAAAAAGUGUCAGACUUUGCAUUGUCACCUGGAGCUCAGCCCUGUAAGGUAGCUGUUUAUGUCCCAGGCAGUAAAGGAGCGCCUGCCUUUGUUCGUCUGUACCAGUACCCUUCACUGGGUGGAACAUCAGCAGCACUAGCCAAUAAAAGCUUCUUCAAAGCUGACAAAGUGUGCAUGCAGUGGAACAAGAAAGCCUCUGCAGUUCUGGUCACAGCAAGUACAGAAGUGGACAAGACUGGAGCUUCGUAUUAUGGGGAGCAGACGCUACACUACCUCGGUGCAAAUGGAGAGACUGCUCUGGUCCAACUGGCAAAGAAUGGCCCGAUCUAUGACGUGGCGUGGAGUCCAAACUCUUCUGAGUUCUGUGUGGUUUAUGGCUUCAUGCCGGCCAAAGCAACUAUCUUCAACCUAAAGUGUGAUCCUGUGUUUGACUUUGGAACAGGACCUAGGAAUGCUUCCUACUACAGUCCACAGGGUCACAUCCUGGUUCUGGCUGGAUUUGGGAAUCUGCGAGGUCAAAUGGAAGUCUGGGAUGUAAAAAAGUACAAACAAGUAUCUAAACCUCAGGCUCCAGACUCCACCCACUUCUCCUGGUGUCCAGAUGGCGAGCAUGUUGUCACAGCAACCUGUUCUCCUAGGCUGCGAGUCAGUAAUGGUUACAAAAUCUGGCACUACACCGGCUCUGUGCUUCACAAGUGGGAAGUAGCGGCCAACUCUGAGCUGUGGGAGGUUCAGUGGCAGCCAUUUCCUGAAGGAACCUUUCCCGAGCGACCCAUUAAAUAUCAGGCUGCACCUAGUGACCUUGGUAGUACGCAGGCUCCGCCCACACAAGCAUAUCGCCCACCUGCACUGAGACAUCUGCCGGCAACAGCCAGUUCCAAACUGCAUGAGGAAGAGCUUCCUCAAAACAUGCGUCCAGGUGUUCCAGGUGAGAAGUCUAAGUCAGCUCUGAAGAACCAGAAGAAGCGAGAGGCAAAGAAGGCAGCAAGACAGGAAACAAGGUCAGAGCCUUCGUCUGAGCAUGCUCAUUCCCGUCCCCCUGCUACUGACAGCCAAUCGGAGCCGAGCAGUGGUGAUCCAGAGACGGACAAGAAAAUAAAAAACUUAAAGAAGAAAAUAAAAGCCAUUGAGGAGCUAAAGGAGCAGCAGGCAUCGGGAAAGGUUUUGCAGAAGAACCAGCUGGACAAGAUUCAGAAGGAGGAACAGCUGCUGAAGGAACUAGAAGAAUUGCAAAUCUAACAGUGGUGGUGUCCUGGUGGAGAGACCACACUGAUAAAACAAGUGUGUUCAUAACAACUCUGUGCUGCCUGAAUUGUAGGAAAUGUAAUUAAAAUGGAAUGCAUACCACAUGGUUGUCACUUCAAUUUCACAUCACAAAGUGCCUUUUUUAAAGAUUCUCACCACUCAUUGCUUAUCUGUUGUCAUUUGCUUUAUAAGCAAUACUUAUGUUGUUUACAGACAUGAUCUUAUCAUUUUUAAAUAUUUUACUCUUACUUUUGAUAAACUUUAUGUGCAUACUAACUUGUGCAUUGAAUAAACAUAAAAAGCUUGUUUCUAUUGUAGUAAUCAAACAUUAGUAAAAUUAUUUUUGCAUAUAUGGCUGGGAUACAGAGCCUUAAGCGGCAAUAACACAUAUAAGAAGCAAUAUAUGUACAUUGUUUUCUUUAAAAAUAUAUAAUUUUAAUAGCAUUUAUUUUUAUUAAUUUUAUUGUUUAACGAGUAAAAGAAGGUCCUACUGUACAUUUUGUCAUUGGCUAAUGCAGCUGUCAAUUACGUAUGUCUGCGCUUCUAUUGGUUCCUUCCUGAGCUCUUCACUCUGAUGUAGUUUGAAACGCAUGCGCAUUGCAUCUGUAAUGAUUUCUCUACCAACAGAGGUAGCUAUAGAAA